AUAUAUAUAUAUUACAAUAUGUUUAUAUAUAUAUUCACAGACAUAUAUGUACACAAACAUGGAUAUUUAACAGAGGGAAGUGUCCCAUUCAUUACCAACAACUUCUAAAAUUAUUCAUGGUUUCUUACACAACUACAGUAACAAUAACAAGUACAUCAUUAUUAUCAUUAUCAACAACGACAUUAUCACUAUCAACAUCAUCUUUAUUAUCAUCAUUGUUUUCAAUAUCGAGAUCUUACAAGCAAAGGAAGUCUACUUUACCAGAACGCUUUGUUAUAUAUUCACUUCAGGCUAUCUAAAUAUUGUUAUAUACUCGUGUCUAUAUAUACCCGUGUCUUAUUAUAUAUAUAUAUAUAAAAAACAGACUGAACUUUAACAUUAUUUGAAAAUGUCCCUUAUCAACAGAGAAGCUGUUCUCUGUUGCUGGAUGACCCUUGUCUGUCUUGGAACUGUACUUGAUGCCAUGGUAAUAGAAAGGACGUUCCGUGACCCUUUUGAGCACCCACUUGAGCGAAUGAUCAUGCAUAAUGAAACAGGAGAGCUUUACGUUGGUGCUGUUAAUAAUUUAUUUAAAUUAUCUGCUGAUUUGAAACUGAUGGAAAAUGUCAUCACAGGCCCUGCCGAUGACAACCCCAAAUGCCCACCUCCACUUUUACCUUGCAAAGAACAAAAGAAAAGUACAAACAGCCACAAUCAGGGGUUAGUAUUUGAUUACAGUCGUGACUCAAUUAUCGUCUGUCUGUCCUUGUUCCAUGGUGCCUGUCAUGUCCGGAAGCUGAGUAAUGUUACUGCUGUUGAUGAACAAAUGCCAAAACCUAUUGUAUCAAAUCAUGAAGACAGCUCAACUGUAUUCCUCACCGCACCAGGGCCAAAUGGUGAUGCUCUUUAUGUCGCUUCACGCUACAGUAACCAUGGAAACAAGCGCUACCGUGACCUCGUGCCCUCUAUCAGCAGUCGAAACCUGCAAACUCUAGAGUUUACAUACAGAGAUGCAUCUGGAAGCAGCAAGGUUACUGUCCUACCCAAGUACCGAACACAGCAUUUCGUGAACCCAGUUCAUGCAUUCUCACAUGGAGGUUUUGUUUACUUCAUUACAACCCAGCCACGCGCAAAAGACCAAAACUCCCCCCACGUCACAAAACUAGCUCGGAUCUGUCAGAAGGACAAGAAGUUCGAGUCUUAUGUAGAAGUUCGUUUGGAGUGUCGUCGUGGCAGUAAGUUGUACAAUCUUGCCCAAGCUGGUUACUUAUCAAAAGAAAGUGGUGGGAAGUUGUAUGUUGCAUUUGCCAUGGGCAAGGUACAGUCAGAUGCACCUUUACCUUAUAGUGCAGUCUGUAUUUAUGAUAUGCAAGAUGUGAUUACGAAAUUUGAAGAAAACAUCAGAGAAUGUCAUAAUGGUAUUGGAGAAACAGGACUUCAUUAUUUACAACAUUCAAAACCUUGUGAGAAGCGAACUGACCCAUUGCAGUUCUGUGGGACCAACUUCACACCUCAUGCUUCUCUGGAUGGCAGAAAACCCAUCAUGUCACGUCCUGUCCUUGAACAUUCUGGGGCCUACUUCACUGCUAUUGCUUCACUGAUAGUGGGGCAACACACACUCAUGUUUUUAGGGACCAACACUGGCUAUAUCUAUAAGGUUAUUGUGAAGGACGAUGGCAGCUCUGAAAUCAUUGAGCAAUUGUUGGUGGAUCACCAUCGAGAAAUUCUCUCCAACUUGAUUUUCACAAAGGACAGACGACACCUGUACCUGAUGACUCGAGACAAGGUAGCCAUGAUAGAUUUCCUUGACUGUGACUCCAAGACUACAUGUGAUGCCUGUAUCAAAGAAGGAAACCCAGCAUGUGGGUGGUGUGUUAUGGAAGGCCAAUGUUCCAACCUUGCUGAAUGUGCUGCAUCCAAAGUUCAACCACAUUGGGUGUCAGCUUCCAGUGGUUCCUGUCUUCAGAUCAUGGAAGUUCUACCAGAAGAACUAAGCCUUCAGAAUAUCACAUCCAAAGCUGGAGUUGAUCAGGUGCGUUUUAAAGUUGACCAGAUGAAGGCGCCACCAUCAUCUGAUAACAUCGGCUGUUUGUUCUUAUCUGGCCAUUCCAAAGAACAGACUGAAGCUUUGAUUCAAAAGAAUGUUGUGAUCUGCCCCCUUCCCCAUCACAGGAACCUACCAAGAAUUCCUAAGGGUGAGGAUAAUGCUGAGGUCAAUCUUGAGUUUCAAGUUGACGGCAAGUCUAUAGUGAAGAGAAGUGUCAAGGUUUUUGACUGUCGUGUUCAUAAAAGCUGCACAGAGUGCACAGGCAGCACAUUCUCCUGUCAGUGGUGUCCAUUCAGUGGAACAUGCAUUGAUUCUUCCAGCAGUUCUUGUUCUGACACCAACACCAUACAGUCUGGACGCCAAGUUGAUAUCAGCGAUCCCAAUAAGUGUCCACGACUUGUCAACCCAGUUGCUGAUAUUGUGGUACAUUCUGGAACAAAGAAAGAAGUCAGAGUCAAAGUAGAGAAUCUUUUGCCUGAACAGAAGAAGAAUUUGAAGUGCCAUUUUGAAUAUUUGGGUCAGAAGAAAACAGUACGUGCUGAUGUCUCUGAGCCAGACCUUGUCUGUCAGAAAACAGAGUUUGCUUAUACUGACCAAGAAAUUCCGUAUGUGCCAGUGUCUUUCCGUGUAGUAUGGGGUAAUCAAAGCCUUCAACUGGACAACCCAGACAACAUCCAAGUUCGUGCCUACAAAUGCCGACUAAUGGUGACAAACUGUGGUAAAUGCCUCAGCAUGGACAAGGAAUAUGACUGUGUCUGGUGCUCAAACAAAUGUAUGCUAGCAAGUAAAUGUUCUGGAACAGUCCUGAAGAGAUCUGACACGUGCCCCGAUCCAAGGAUCCUCCGGUUCAGCCCAAUAUCAGGACCCAUUGGAGGUAAGACAAAUGUCACCAUCACAGGUAUCAAUUUAGGAAAGCACAUUGCGGACCUUAAAGAUGGAGUGAAGGUUGCCGGGAUGAAGUGUAAGGUGCUAUCCCAUGACUAUCAACAAUCAUCAGAGUUUAUUUGCGAAACAGAGGUUGUCAAUAAUGCCAAAACUGGAACAAUUAAAGUGGAAGUAGCCAAGAAAUAUUCUGCAGAAUCUGACAGCUUCUUCAGUUUCCUCACCCCAUCUUUGAAGGAGAUCACUCCGAAAAAAGGUCCAAAAUCUGGUGGAACUCAUGUGAUGAUCCAUGGCGACCAUAUGAAUGCAGGUAGUAGAUGGGACAUCAUUGUUGGUAGCAACCCCUGUGAAGUUGUAAGUCAAAACGCCUCAGUUAUUGAGUGUGUUACUUCAGCAGAGGGUUCCAUUACAUCAGCUGAUGUGUCAGUAAGUUUCGGAGGAUUACUGAAGCACCUUGAUGAGAAGUUUGAAUUUGUUGAUGAUCCAACCAUUACAAUGGUGGAACCUAAUAGAAGUAUUCUCAGUGGAGGGACAACAUUGACUGUAACAGGAACCAAUUUGAAUCUUAUUCAAGAACCAAAACUGUUUAUCAAGUACAACAGCACCAUGAAGGAAUCACCCUGCAAGUCAAAGCACCAGAACAUGCUGGAAUGCCGAAUGCCAUCAUUGGACUUUGGAGAAAACCAGGUGUCUUUGACAAGCCCCAAAGAGGUGCAGUACGGUUUCAUCAUGGAUGGUGUCGUUCAACUGAAAAAUCUCUCAGAUAAUCCAGAGUUCCGCCCUCUUCUUUACUUCCCUGACCCUGUUGCUGAGCCUUUCACCGGUGAAAGGAAUACCAAAAAAUAUAUGAAAGGUGACAAAUUAGUGAUUGAGGGUAAAUUCCGUAGCAUCAACCAGCUGUUAACUGAUGUGUAUGUACAUGUAGGCAACAGUCUAUGCACUGAUCUGAAACCACAUGACACAGCAUUGAUGUGCACACCACCUUCUUCACCAAGUGGUGUUGACAAAGAAGGCAAUGCACCUGUAGUGCUCCAUAUUGGUCAGUACAAGUCAGACAUUGGUUACUUGAGCUACUACGAGGAACAGGAAGGAGAAAGACCUAUAGCCCUUGGCAUAAUCCUUGGUGUGGCUCUGCCGAUGCUGACAAUCAUCAUCCUGUUGACAGUAUGUGUAGUGAGGCGCCAUAUGAAGCAUGAUCCCAGCGACAACUAUAUCCCUGAUGUACUCAAGGACUAUGAGGGCAAGAAAGAAAAUGAAGAAGCCAUUGGGAUGAACCACAUGUCAGCUGGUACAAUGGAUUCCUCACAGUACAUCAGUGAACUCCUGGCCAGCUUCGAUGAUGAACAGGAACGACAGCAAAUAACAGAACUUCUCAUUACACGAAACAAGCUAGACAUUGGAGAACUCCUUGGUAAAGGUAACUUUGGUGUUGCAUACAAGGCCCAGUUUACUAAAUGUGACAGUGAACCACCUAUGACUGUUGCUGUCAAGUCUUUACAAGGCACUAACACUGACCAGAAGGCUCUACAACAGUUUCUGAGGGAUUCAUUGGUGUUUAAGGAACUCCAACAUAAGAAUGUCCUACCAAUAAUUGGUGUCUGCUUGACCAUCAGUGAUGAUCCUGUGGUUGUUGUUCCUUAUAUGGAAACAGUAGACCUCCGCACCCACAUUAGGGAUUCCAGCAAAUCAUUGUCAGUGUGCACUCUAUUAGACUAUGGUCUCCAAGUGGCAGAAGGAAUGACCUACUUAUCUGAACUGAAGGUCGUACAUCACAAUUUGGCUGCAAGAAAUUGUUUGUUGUGUGAUUAUAAGACGGUAAAACUCACUGACAUUGGCCUGACCAAUGAACUGUUCAGCAAGGACUUCUACUUCACCGAGGACCACACUGCCAAGUUACCAGUGAAAUGGAUGGCACCUGAGAGUGUGGAACAGUUUGUCUUCAGCACCCAGACUGAUGUGUGGUCUUAUGGAGUGGUUUUGUGGGAACUGCUUACCCGAGGUGUUACCCCUUACCCAGAUGUUGUACCUUGGGAUGUGCAUAGCUACUUGCAGAGUGGACGACGUAUGCAGAAGCCAAAACAUUGCCCAGAAUUCAUUUACCAACUGAUGUUACGAUGUUGGCAGCAAGACUCUGAUGACCGCCCAGCCUUUUCUGAAAUCUGUACUGCCCUCCGCAGUGUCUCCACCAAUGAUCCUUCUGUACCAGAGGAUGAAGCUCAGCCACUGAAUGCUACUGUAGAAUUUACCGGAUCUACAGAAUACCUUGAAGUCAUCGAAUAAAUAUUGCAAAACAAAAAAAAAAAUAACUAAAUAAAUCGAAAAUUAAAAAUAAGUGGAAAAAGUGGAAAAAUAACAAUAGAAACAAUACAACACCUCAGUGUGUUGUAGAGGGUUGAAGUGGAGGGUGGUGGAAUUGGUGGUGAAGGAAAAGAGGAAGAUGGUGGUGGUAGAGGUGGUGGUGAGGAGGUCAAACAAUAGAAUAUAUAAUUAUUUUCUCAUUGAUGGAUAGACACCAUCCCCAGCACACAUACCCCACCCUUUGUGUUUCCUCCUCUCUCUUACUUUCUUUUUCAUUCUCUAUUUCCCUCUUUCUUUCUCUCCUUCCUUUACCAGCUACCAACCCUGCCCACACCCACUUCUCUCCAGAUAAUGAAUUUGACAAAUAUAAUAUUUCUAGUCUUCUAAAAUAAUUUUGGGGGUUAUAGCAGCCAUCUAUUUUUUAUAGAGAAAAACAUAAACCAUCUGACAACUGAGAGAUUUUGUGUUCAAUUUUUGCUAGCUCUCAUUCAGUUUCCAUGCUGCCAGAACCAUGUAGUAAAAGAUAUAAAUAGUCAGAUUGGAAGGGGGGACUCAAAUGUUUCUGAUUGUACGACUAUACUGGCACUGGAUGAGACCCAACCAAGUUUAAAUUACAAGGCUUCAUGAGUCAGACUCCAAUGGCCUCUUUAAAAUAGUUAUAACCAUCUCAAAGCUUUGUUUUAGAACAAAACUGCAAAUACUUUCUUGUAUAGAAUUAAUAAAUUCAUAUGUUCCA